AUGGAAUCAAUAUGUCCAAACUGCUCGACUACACCGAGAGGAGUUUCAUCUCCUCUUAGAAUUGCCAGUCAGCUAGGCGAGGGCGGCGCAAAGCUGGCUUUAUUGAUUGAAAACCUUCAUAGAGACCGAUCACUCCUUAUGAAUGAUUGCCGCGGCCCGGUUAAAAGGUAGGUUUACCCUUGAUUCGGUGGCUCAUAAGAAAACAAUAAUAACUGAACCGUAUAGUGUCGUUUUCAGCACAUGGACUAAAUCGCUUGAUCUCGUUCAAAAAGAGCUCGAAAAAACAGAUAUUAAGUUCCAGCGGAUUGACGGACAGACGAGUCUGACCGGACGUAAACAUGCUCUCGAUGUCUUCAGUGGAGAUUCGCAUUGCACUGUACUAUUAGCGACUGUUGGAAGCGCUGGUGAAGGGUAUAAGAGCCCAUUUUUAUUUUGUUAUUUAUUUUGCGAUGAUCUGCUGGAUAUAAAAACACGGCUAACAACAUCCGAAAUUAGGAUUGAUCUUACUGCGGCCAACAUUGUUCACCUGCUGGAACCCAGCUGGAAUCCAAUGACCGAGGCUCAAGCUGUUGAUCGUAUCCACAGAAUCGGUCAACAGAGAGAGGUGAUGAUAAAGAAAUAUAUUACUCGUGAUUCCAUCGAAACAGUACGUCCGGCUCUUUCCGUUGAGGCCCUUCAUCUAACCCCUAUCUGUAGUACGUUCAAUGGAUACAAAGGAACAAGAUCCGUCUCAUCGAGCGUUCCCUAA